AUGCCGAUUCCUCCUCCGCCUCCACCCCCGGGUCCUCCUCCACCUCCCACUUUUCAUCAGGCAAACACCGAGCUGCCCAAGCUGAGUAGAGAUGAGCAGCGGGGUCGAGGCGCCCUCUUACAGGACAUCUGCAAGGGCACUAAGCUGAAGAAGGUGACCAACAUUAAUGAUCGGAGCGCUCCCAUCCUUGAGAAACCCAAAGGAGGCGGUGGUGGUUACGGUUCUGGAGCAGCUGCCCUGCAGGCCAAGGGAGGUCUCUUCCAAGGAGGAGUGCCAAAGCUGCGCCCUGUGGGAGCCAAGGACAGUUCAGAGAACCUGACUGGUAAACCAGCCCUCCAAGUCCCCAGUUCCCGAGCUGCUGCCCCGAGGCCUCCAGGGACCACAGCCAGUGGGCGUCCUCAAGAUGACACAGACAGCAGCCGGGCUUCACUCCCAGAGCUGCCCCGGACGCAGAGACCCUCAUUACCGGACCUCUCUCGGCCCAAUCCCACCAGCAGUACGGGGAUGAAGCACAGCUCCUCCGCCCCUCCUCCGCCUCCCCCGGGGCGGCGUGCCAACGCCCCCCCCACGCCCCUGCCUAUACACAGCAACAAGGCCGUGGCCUACAACAGAGAGAAACCCCUGCCGCCCACGCCCGGACAGAGGCUUCACCCUGCUCGAGAGGGACCUUCUGCUCCACCCCCAGUCAAGCCGCCUCCUUCCCCUGUGAAUGUCAGAUCGGGACCAAGUGGCCAGUCUCUGGCGCCUCCUCCGCCUCCUUACCGCCAGCCUCCUGGGGUCCCCAACGGACCCUCCAGCCCCACGAAUGAGUCAGCCCCCGAGCUGCCACAGAGACACAAUUCUUUGCAUAGGAAGACUCCAGGGCCUGCCAGAGGCCUGGCGCCUCCUCCACCCACCGCAGCCUCCCCCUCUUCACAGAGUAAUAGGCCACCUCCCCCAACCCGUGACCCUCCCAGCCGGGGAGCAGCUCCUCCACCCCCGCCACCAAUGAUCCGAAAUGGUGCCAGGGAUGCUCCCCCUCCCCCCCCACCAUACCGAAUGCAUGGGUCAGAACCCCUGAGCCGAGGAAAGCCCCCACCUCCGCCCUCAAGAACGCCAGCUGGGCCUCCUCCGCCACCGCCGCCCCUGCGGAACGGCCACAGAGAUUCCAUCACCACUGUCCGGUCUUUCUUGGAUGAUUUUGAGUCAAAGUAUUCUUUCCAUCCAGUCGAAGACUUUCCUGCUCCAGAAGAGUAUAAACACUUUCAGAGGAUAUAUCCCAGCAAAACAAACCGAGCUGCCCGUGGAGCCCCACCUCUGCCCCCCAUUCUCAGGUGA